AUGGAAGUAUUAAAUAAUCAUCAACAAUAUUUUGAUUUAAUACCAAAUGAAAUGAUUAUAAAAACAUUUAUCUUCAUCGAUGCAGCUACACUUUUAAAUUGCAGACUUGUGUGUAAAAGAUGGCAAGAACUAAUAGACGCAUAUGUAUUUCAAGAAAAAGCAGCACGAGAAAACAAGUACGUGAAUAAUGGUCGAGGAUACCAUAGUUUUUCACAAAUCGCUUCAAAUGAUGUUAAAAAAUUAGAAUUACCGUGGUAUGUGUUUUAUGUAAUUAUCAAAUACGAUCCAUUCAAUAGAAAUUUGACGAAAAACCACUGUGGACAAGAAAGAUGGAAGCAUUGGAGAUAUCAUAAAAAUCUGUCAUCAGCUUUGAAUAAUGAACCUGAUGUGACUAAUUUGUCAAAUAUUGUAGAAGUACCAAAAAAUGAACAUAUAUUAAAUGAUCCAGACUUUGAUGGGCAUACAAGUUGUUUUAUUAUAGAUUAUCAGUAUAUAAGUACACUUUAUCAACAAAUUACAUUCAAAGAUUAUGGUUUAAAUGAUAUUAUAAUGAAAAUUCUUAGACCUAAAAUUUCAUUUAGUGCAUGGUUUUAUAAAACAUAUUGUGAAAACAACAACGCUUAUAAGUUACAUGCCACUUUUCACAGUAAAACAAAUGAAGUUAUAGGUAAAUGUGAACAUUCCGAUGAGAGUCCACAAAGAGCAACUGAGUGGACUAAAGCUUCAAUUCUGUAUAACACCCAGGGUGAUGAAAGUUUCUUGAAUCUACAUCAUUCCUUGAUGGACAUCAAAUGUCAGAAUAUUUUGUCUGGUAUUUAUGUGUCCUGCUCUGUAGUAAAAAUGUUACUACCAAUAAAAUAUAAAAAUACUAAUUCUUAG